AUAUCCGAUAACAUCAUAUGGAUUCGGAUGUGGACAUCGGGCAUACGACCAAAACUCUCGACAAAAUGCGCCAGAACCUGACAGUGACGCGCGAAUCUGAGCAAGACAAUUGUCUCACUUAUCUAGAUGUAUUGAUUAUACGGCGACCAGACGGUUCCACCAGGUCUGUCUACAGGACUUGUCAGUAUUUGCAUUAUACGAGUUUCUCCCCUAUUCAACACAAACGUUCGCUCGUCUGGACACUCUUCUAUCGGGCCCAUAUGAUCUGCACACCAGACAUCAUAAAAGCAGAAAGAGAUCUCUUCGAUACGCUACAAUCCAACGGUUACCCGUUGCAGUUUAUUAAGUGCCUCAGUGAAAAAACCAAACGAGAUCAUAUCCCAUUACUCCUUAAGUAGCC